GACAGUAGUAGUCAAUUAAAUGAGUCGGUCCCAUAUCCGUCACCCCUUUAAUUUUACACGAUUAUAAAUACAAAGAAGCCCCCCCAAAAGCAUAAACAUGAAUUAUUAAAUAAAUCAAAGAAAAAGAAGAAUAAGUCCAGAAGAGAUUGUUUGUUGCCCACAUUAAGCAAAGGCUAAAGCAAUCUGUUUGUUCCUACAUAUAUAGAUACACAGAUCUGUAUCUCUAUUAUUUAUUUCCUCUGUUCAGUUCUUUGCAUAGAAAUGGGGGAACAGAGGCUCAAAGCGUCGUCGUUUUUGGUGUCGGUGCUUCUUGUUUUUCAGUUGGUCAAUGGUGAAGACCCUUAUAGGUUCUUUACUUGGAAUGUAUCUUAUGGUGAUAUUUACCCACUUGGUGUUAAACAACAGGGGAUUUUGAUAAAUGGACAGUUUCCAGGCCCACUGAUUGAGUCUGUGACAAAUGAUAAUUUGGUUAUUAAUGUUUUCAAUAGCUUGGAUGAGCCAUUUCUUCUUUCUUGGAACGGGAUUAUGCAAAGGAGAAACUCAUGGCAAGAUGGUGUUUUCGGUACAAACUGCCCGAUCCAACCCGGCCGCAACUUCACUUACCAUCUUCAAGUGAAAGAUCAGAUUGGUAGCUUCUUUUACUUCCCUUCUCUUGCAUUCCACAAGGCUGCAGGAGGCUACGGUGGCAUCAAAAUCGCUAGUCGAUCCGUUAUUCCCGUCCCCUUCCCACCGCCAGCUGGAGAUUACACCGUACUAGCCGGAGACUGGUUCAAGCAAAACCACACUGAUCUAAAAGCGAUAUUGGACAACGGGCAUGAUCUUCCUUUUCCAGAUGGUCUUUUGAUUAACGGACGAGGAUCAAGCGCAUUCACAUUUAAUGUCGAACAAGGUAAGACAUAUAGGUUUCGGGUAUCGAACGUGGGCUUGACGACUUCCAUCAACUUCAGAAUCCAAGGUCAUAAGUUGGUUUUGGUUGAGGUUGAAGGAACUCAUUCACUACAGAACACAUACGAUUCGAUCGACGUCCAUUUGGGACAGUCUUAUUCGGUUUUGGUCACUGCUGACCAGCCUCCUAAAGAUUACUACAUUGUGGUCUCGACGCGGUUCACCUCUCCAGUGCUUACAACUACUUCGGCUCUGCAUUACAGUAACUCAGCCGGUGGUCUAGACGGCACACCUCCAGGUGGACCCACGACUCAAAUUGACUGGUCAAUCAACCAAGCCCGGUCACUCAGACGAAAUUCAACUGCUAGCGGGCCGAGGCCAAAUCCUCAGGGUUCUUACCACUAUGGAAUGAUCAACACCACUCGGACCAUCAGGCUCGUGAAUUCUGCGCCUGUUAUUGAUGGAAAGCAGAGAUACGCUGUCAAUAGUGUGUCGUUUAUUACACCAGACACCCCGCUUAAGCUUGCGGAUUACUUCAAGAUUUCUGGUGUCUACAGCCUUGGUGGCAUUCAGGAUUACCCGACCGGUGGUGCUAACCUGAGAACCGCUGUUAUGCCGGCGGAUUUUAGGGGGUUUGUGGAGGUUGUGUUUGAGAACCCUGAAGACACUGUGCAGUCGUGGCACGUCGAUGGCCACCACUUCUUUGUUGUCGGGAUGGAUGGAGGGCAGUGGUCAGCUGCUAGCCGAAAUGGCUACAAUUUACGGGACACAAUUUCACGAGUCACUGUACAGGUGUACCCGAAAUCAUGGACCGCAAUAUACAUGCCAUUAGACAAUGUGGGAAUGUGGAACGUGCGAUCAGAGAAUUGGGCUCGACAAUAUUUAGGUCAACAGUUCUAUCUUCGCGUUUAUUCGCCUGCUAAUUCUUGGCGAGACGAGGCUCCUAUUCCACACAAUGUUAUUCUUUGUGGACAGGCAGUAGGACAUCAUCAGCCUUGAAACUUAUUUACACCAUAAGCAUUUGUUAUUAUUAAAGUUAUGAUAAUCGAUACAUGUUAUUCAGUUGAGUUUGUAUUCCGGGAUAGUCAUUUUGCAGAAAGUUAUGAUAAUUAAUUAAUACUUAUUAAUUUAGCAA